AUGCCGUCUAGUCGAGGUGCCCAUGAUUGUGAUGCCCGUGGCCGUGGUGCCCAUGGACAUGGUUCUCAUUCUGCUCCAGCGGUCCGAGUGACUUUUUCUCCACCACCUGAGAUUCCUGUUUCCCCUCUAGAGCCCAUCGUACUUAUUCCUGAGGCUCCCGCCAUACCUGUGCCUCCGCCAGAGGCUAGUGCUACCCCCGCUUAUCUGACGAUUCCUGUAGGAGCUGAGCAUCUCCAGCAGUUGAUGCAGGUCAUCACUGAUGUUCUUCAGACUCGUCAACCCGUUCCUGAGAUGCCCGACCAGGCAGAACAGGAGCGUGCGAGUCCCCUUUUGCGAGAUUCGACUCUGCAGCGAGCUCCGUUAGCGAUAUUUCUACUUCAGGGCGAGGCCAAGUGGACUAGUUCGCAGAGGGAUCGUGAUCAGAGGAGAGGCUGGAAGAGGCAGGCCCCCUGCGGUAGCUCCCGACAGCGUCGACAGCAGCAGAGGUGCAUAGCCUAUCGAGCCGCCAGAGCAUCAGCAUCGCAUGCAGCAGCUUCUUCUUCUAGGGCAUUUACUGGCAUUUGCUAUGGAUGUGGGCAGACAGGGCAUCAGAGGCGCGAGUGCCCUCUUCCCUUGCAGCAGCGACAGUGGCUCCUGCCACCGAGACCCCGACAGCAGCCGAGACUGCAGUGUAAACCUCCACAACAGCAGAGACCGCAGAUGCAGAGGGGACAGACACCUCCCUAG